AUGGUCUCCUCCAUGCAAUCCAAAGUGUUGGCGAUCUUGCCGAAAUGUACUGGUGGCCUGUCCCUGGUGGGAUCAAUCAGUAUUGUCUAUGAUCUUGUCAAAAAGAUCCACCUGAAACCCAGUGGUUCUGCCAACACCUUCCAACGCAUCAUGCUCGGUUUGAGUUGUUUUGACUUGAUUUGCAGUUUCUGCAAUGUCUUAUCCACCUGGCCAAGUCCUGACGAUUCGGGUGUGCAUAUGGCUGUUGGUAACACACAAACAUGUACAGCACAAGGAUUCUUCAAUGAACUCGGUAAUGUUGGGGCGGUUCUUUAUUCGGUCAGUUUGAGUUUGCACUAUGUAUGGCAGAUAUCAUCACCCGGGUUGAGAAAUCGACUGCCUCCAAAGCAAGAGGUCUGGCUUCAUGUAGUUCCAAUGAUACUGGCUCUGAUCAUGGCGGUGCUUGGUUUGCCCCUCGAUCUCUACAACAACUCUGGCUGGCUCUGCUGGUAUGCCCCUUACCCCAAAGGGUGCAAUGGAGAUGAAUGCACUCGUGGUCAGCUGGCUGGCAUUUUUCGUUGGAUUCACUACGGAAUUGUGUGGGGAGCAAUUCUUCUGGUGACCAUUUCCAUGUAUUCGAUCUUUCGGGUUGUAUGGGCCACUGAGAAUAGGGCCAGCAAGAUUAGGGCCAGAAUCGCCGAUCCAACUGGAAACGGCUUCCUAGAUGAAGACAAGGAUGGAACAGACAGCGUUCACAGCAUACAAACUAUCACGUCCAUCAUCCUCACCCCGCGCAUACAACGUGUGGCAACGCAAGCAUUCCUAUACGUUGCCGGGCUCUACUUGACAUGGAUAUUCACUACGUUGACGCGGGUCAUCCAAACAACUCAAGGUGUGACUCAUCUGGAGCUGCUGAUCCUCAUGGGCAUCUUCUUUCCCCUUCAGGGAUUCUGGAAUGCCUUGAUCUAUUUUAGAUCGCAAGCAAAUCAAGAGAAGAGUCAAAUUCCAUCUACUGUUUCUCAUGUUUCUGGUAUCAAGUGGAGCAUGCCGACUUCCAAGACGCAGGAAUCGCGAGGGUCGUCCACGGUACACUCGCAGAUACAGCCUGUUUCUACUAUUCCUGAAGACUUGGUUAGGCCAGGCAAGGUGGAGGAGGAGGAAGAAAAAUCUUGUGACGAACCCUUCCAGAUUGACUCUACACCGUAG